AUGAUGCUUUCAAUUGCUAUUGAAUUUAUUCUUUGUAAGAUUCAAAAUCUUCUCUGGCUUGUUGAUGAGUAUAAAGAUGAUGGAUUUACAGCUUUACAUUUAGCUGCACUUAAUGAUCAUGGUUGUGUUGCUGAGUUACUUCUAAGUAAAGGAAAUGCAUUAGUUGAUGCACAAAACAAUAGUUCACAAAUUGCUUUUCAUUUAGCUGUUAGUCACCAACACAUCGAAAUUGUGUCUUUGUUAUGUAAUAAAAAUGGUGAUACGUGCCUACAUGAAGCUUUAAGACAUCAUAAAAUAUCACAAUUGAAACCCUUACAAAAUACCAGAGAUAAUCAAUUACAAGAAAUUCAUGAACAAGUUGAUUGUCCAACAUGUAUGGAUCGUUUAAAACAUAUGGUCUUUUUAUAUGAUCAUGGUGUUUAUCAAAAUUGUGGUGAUCGUGUACAAAAAUGUCCAAUAUUUCGAAAACCAAUUGAAAAAUCGAUUAUUUUAUACACAUAA